CUGCGCGGUGGCUGCGCUGUUCCACGGCGGCUGCGCGGUGUCCCGGCGGCGGCGAUGAAGGUGGCGGUGGCCGGGUGCUGCCAUGGCGCGCUGGACAAGAUGUACGAGACGCUGGAGCUGCUUCAGCGGCGCCACAACGUGCGGCCCGAGCUGCUGCUCUGCUGCGGGGACUUCCAGGCCGUGCGCAAUGAGGCGGAUCUGCGCUGCAUGGCCGUGCCCGCCAAGUACCGCCACAUGCAGACCUUCUACCGGUACUACUCUGGCGAGAAAAAGGCCCCAGUCCUCACGGUGUUCAUUGGUGGGAACCAUGAGGCGUCCAACCACCUGCAGGAGCUACCCUACGGCGGGUGGGUGGCUCCCAACAUCUACUACCUCGGUUACGCAGGCGUGGUGCGGUUCCGUGGUGUGAGAAUUGGCGGUAUCUCGGGCAUCUUCAAGUCUCAUGACUACCGUAAAGGCCACUUUGAGUGUCCACCAUACAACCAGCAAACAAUUAGAAGCGCUUACCACGUGAGGAAUAUCGAAGUCUUCAAACUCAAGCAGUUAAAGCACCCAAUUGAUAUAUUUAUGUCACACGACUGGCCAAGGAGCAUAUAUCACUACGGAAACAAGAAACAGCUUCUUAAAAUGAAAUCCUUCUUCCGUCAAGAAGUGGAGAGCAACACGUUAGGAAGUCCUGCUGCCUCAGAGCUUCUGCAGCACCUGAAACCCACCUACUGGUUCUCAGCACAUCUUCAUGUUAAAUUUGCAGCUUUCAUGCAACACCAGGCAAACUCUGAAGAAGAGCUACCAAAAGCAACAAAGUUUUUGGCUCUGGAUAAAUGUCUGCCGCACAGAGACUUUCUGCAGAUAAUAGAUGUAGAGCAUGAUCCCAGUGCAAGUGACUCGCUGGAGUACGAUGCUGAGUGGAUUGCAGUCCUGAAGGCCACCAACAGCCUUCUUAAUGUGACUCCCAGCUCAUGGAAUAUGCCUGAAAAGAAUGGCCUCCACGCAAAGUGGGACUACAGCGUGACAGAAGAAGCCAUCAAAGAGGUGCUAGAAGAGCUGAAUCAUGACCUCAAAAUCCCUUGUAACUUCACAUUGACAGCUCCUUGUUAUGAUCCCAGCAAGCCCCAGAAAAACAUGGAGCCGGUUCAUACCAUCAAUCCACAGACCACUGAGUUCUGUGCCCAGUUUGGCCUCACUGAUAUCAAUGACAGGAUCCAGCAAGCUAAAGAGGAGGGCUCCGGACGCGGUGAAUAUGAAGAGGAGGAGGAAGAGAUGGACAGUACUGGGUCAGCAGAGGAACCCAGUGAUUAUAAUACAGAUAAUUCCGGACUUUCAUCCAUUAAUCCAGAUGAAAUAAUGCUGGAUGACGAAGGUGGUGAUGAAGAUUUGAGCACGUGUUCUGUCGAUCCUUCUCCUGAUCAUCCUCCUGACUUUUCUGCAAGUUUCUCUGACAUCCGCAUCAUGCCAGAUUCCAUGGCGGUAUCUUCUGAUGAUGCUAUGGAUUCCACUAACGAGGAACCAGAGAAAUCUGGUGUUGGUAAGCUGUUAGAAGAGAAGAGCUUAAGUGAGAGACCAUUAAAGCGCAUUGGUGGCAAUGAAAAUGGAAACAGUGGCGGUAAAAAGAUUAAGAGACGGAAUCAAGCCAUCUAUGCUGCAGAGGAUGAAGAUAAAACAGAGUAAUGCUUCCUAUGAUGUAUAAAUAAGUUGUCACUGUACCUUUUUAAGGGAAGGUGGUAAGAACUGUGGUGGACUACUCAUGCUUUUAAUGUUACUUGAUCUUACUCCUGUUACUUUCUUGAGCUGAAGAGGCUGCAUGUACCUCUGGCAGGCAAGAAGAUAUAUCCAGAUUAAACAUCGAAGUCAGAAGCAGACUUUUCCAACAAAGUACUUUGUCAAAAGAUUUAAUGUUCCUGUAUAAUCAGUUCUUUUUGCUUCAGUUCUCAGUUAUUAGUGUAUACUACACAUCUUCAGCUGUACGGGAUUCACCACGCUCGUUUAAUAAGAACAAGGCUCUUAAACUGUAUAUCAAGUCGAAGUGAGACAUGUCUGACCUACAAGACUAAAUGAUUUGAUUUUAUUGCUUUUGUCUUGUUUUAUACUGAACUUUUAAUACAAAGUAGCGUAUGUAAUAACUCCAUGGAUUAAAUUUGAAAAUGGAAUUCCCAUGAUAACAAAACAGCAAUAGGAAAGUGAAGAUUUUUGUUUCUGGUGAUAUUCAUGCCACAGAAAAACUUUGUGGUCAUAAACAAAUUAAUGUGUAUUGUAUAGUACUGGCUUUUAAUUACAGUUUUGAUAGGGAACAAAAUCUCUUAAUUUGAAGCAUGAUGGUUUUAUAGGGAACACGGGAGAGUGCAUCUCUGUUCUUAAAAACUCACACGUGUGCUGUUUCUUAAAAACAGAAUCAUGUCUUAAAAUCAAAAUGCAAGUAGUUGGGAUGAGCAGCUUCUUAAAUGUGGGCAUAAUCACUGUCUCAGUUCUUACUAGUUAAGGCUGUGUUGUAUUUUCAUAUAAGGUCGUUGAUGUUUAUAAGUCGCUUGAGACAAUAACGUUUCAUCUUCUGCCUCUUUUUAGUGAUGUGCAACUUUAGUAGUGCUGUAUUCUUACGGCUAGGUUUUGUAAUCUUCCAAAGGAGCUUCAUAAACUUCAGCUGAGGGAGAGCAGGAGCUACCGGAAUAGACACCCUCGGGGAAGUUGGAAGUUUCCCUUUUUGCUCUCCUGAAGUUUGCUCCUUUGGCCUAAAAGGCUGUGUGAGGAUAACAGAACUUGGUGAAUUCAUGGGAAUGACAAUGUUUCAUGCAUGCGCCUCUAGACUCAUUGCUCUUCCUGUCAAAUUCUGCUGGUGUUGUGUGCUGAGUGUUGGGAGUCCAGGCAGAGCGGGGCUUCCUGGUAACUGUGCAGAAGUAGCUCCUGUGUGCUUUUACUCAUCUAAGGCAGAGGCACUGUAGAGAGAAAGUGCCCUGGCAGGAAGGCGGAACUGGACAGAGAGCCUUGACUGAAAUGGAUCGGUGAAUAUGAGUUAUGGAGCAGGGAAACACCUCAAGGUCAAGAGAAGACUUCUGUCUUCAAAAUCACUUCCACAUUCUGGAUUCAUCUUGGUUCCUCUCCUGUCAGCAGUUCCCUAUGAAAAUUAACGUGUUAAGUUUUCAAGGGCUAGAAAAUGGCAAAGUUAAGGCUCUCCACAGUUCUGACUAACAGCUUUGUACUGGCGGGUUGAUGCUGGUAACAUCAGGGUUUUUUUUCAAAGAGGAUACUAUCCCAUUUGCUAAAUGAUUAGUAGGGCCCUGUUAAUACUCCUCCUUUGUCUCUGUGCUGCUCAUCUGUUGGAGCACACCAAAAAGAACUGCGGUAAGAUGUGAUGGAAAACUGGAAGUGUUUGGUGUAACCCUCAGGUUAUCUGAAGUAGCUGUGAGAUAUCAGCUAGAUCACUGAAAGUGGCUGAGUAUCUUCAAGGGUCCUGGGCCUGUAGUGCUGAAAUCUUAAUCAUGCCUGACGAUCUGAAAACUGUAAUGAAAAUGAAGUAUUUUAAGUAUAAGCUGUGCUAGGAACUCAAAAAGUCCCUCAAGAAAUCAGAGCGUGGUAUUCAGCUGUCAGAUUCUUUGUGAGAUGGAGUGGAAGAUGUAGGUUACAUAUAGUAGCCUUUUUAGUCUGAUUUCCUAUGUUUUUAAAGCAAACUCUUGUGUUGUGUGUUGCGCCGCAUCCCCUGGUGAAAUUAUCCCUGAUGAAAUGUGUUUUGAUUUCUAAGGAAGCAGAAGAUGUUGGCAAAAUACAAUACUGAUUUUUGAACCUUUAAAGAUUUAUUUUUUAUAGAGUAUUUCAGCCUCUGUUGAGCAAAGCACAGCUCAUAAAUACAGUUAACAUACAAUGGUUUUAUGUAUGAAUCGUGUCUGAUCUGUGUGGAAUUCCUGCGCCUUUUCUUGCAGCUGCUUGCACCCUCUUUGCAGUUUGAAAUGUCCGCUACUGUGCUCUCAUCCAUCCCCCUUGUCAGCAAGAGCCUCUGCUGCGUGUAGAAUUCAACUGAAAUCUGGACUACGGAAGUUGGAACUGGAUGAUCUUUAAGGUCCCUUCCAACCCAAACUCUUCUAUGAUUCUAUGACUUGAAGCUUCUGCGAUAAAGACCCAAUACUCCAAAAAGUACAGAAAGUACUAGGGAGGGCUAACAAAGUUUCAUCAGCUUUUUAACACCCAGAGCCUUCAGUCCUCUUUCUUUAGAAGCUUUAGAGCCUUUUUGAAAGCUUCUGACUUUAAAUUUUGGUGGCAAAUAUUUGAAAGAUCUUUUAUAUAUUGCAGAUAUUUUAGUAUAUAUUAUUUUUUAGUCUAAAAAUGGUUUUGCUGUUACCUAUAAAAUGCUUGAGAAAUGUGUUCCCACAUCUCACUCCAGGCCAGCACAUGGUUGUUUUUAUUCAAAGCAUGUUCUGAAUCCUCUCACAGAAGGACAAAGGGGUAGAGCUUUCAUUUAAAAAGCAAAAAUUCCACUUAUGAAAAAAGUCAACUUUUUGUUGACUAUUAAAGUCAAUCCAUGACAGCAUCACAAAGGAUGUUUAUUGUGCUCCCGUUUACCUCUGCGAGCUGGGGCAGCUGGCAAACCAGUGUUUACCUCGCAAUAACAAAAAUUAAGACGUGAACUGGCCCAUGAUGUUUUUGCUGUCCUGCCAUUUCAUUCUGUCUUCAGGAGCAGAAAUUGGUAUCUCAACACC